AUGCUCAGUUCGGUGGUUCGUGGCUUGGCCCGGGUCCGGCCUGGGUCCUCCUCCUCAAUUCUAACAUCAAUCACUCGACGCAACAUGUAUAUCCAAGUCCAGGACACGCCCAACCCGCUGACACUGAAAUUCCUACCCGGCCAAACAUUAAUAAAUGAAGAGAAUCGCACCUACGAAUUUGCAAAUGUUUCCGCGGCAAAGGCCAGCCCUUUGGCGUUACAAUUGUUCCGAAUCGAUGGUGUCAAAUCCGUGUUCUUUGGGCAAGAUUUUGUCACGAUCACAAAGAAAAACGAAGAAACCGAAUGGGGCCUGAUGCGUCCACACAUUUUUGCCACCAUUGCCGACUACAUCCAGAGCGGGAAGCCGUUGAUUACGGAAGGACAAGUGCCCGAGUAUUCCGAUACAGCAAUUCUCGACACUGACGACGACACAGUGGCAAUGAUCAAAGAGCUCCUCGAGUCUCGAGUCCGCCCAAUGGUGCAGGAGGACGGCGGUGACAUUACGUACGUCGGCUUUGACGAUGGAGUGGUGAAGCUUAAACUCAAGGGAUCCUGUACCGGUUGCCCAUCAUCUUCCGUGACGUUGAAGAACGGGAUCCAGAACAUGUUGCAAUUCUACGUGCCGGAAGUCAAGGAUGUGAUCGAGGUGAAGGACGCCGAAGACGCCAUCAUCGAGGACCAGCUGAAGCGCAUCGAGAAGAAGCUGGGCAUCGAA